AUGGAGAAAGCAUGGGAUUUUUUGCAAAAAAAACUAUUUUUAAGAAAAAAACCUGAACAGCCUCGAACAAUUAUUAUUCCUAUUACUAAACAAAAUAAAAAAUUCUGCUCUAAUAAAGUUGAAAAUAAUAGAUAUACUUAUUUGAACUAUAUUCCUAAAUGUCUAUUUAAUCAAUUCAAAUAUUUCUAUAACCUUUAUUUCCUUAUAACUGCAUUGUCUCAAUUUGUUCCAAUUCUUCAAGUUGGAUAUCGUUUUACUUAUACAAUGCCAUUAGCUUUUGUAGUAAUUCUUGCAAUGGCAAAAGAUGCAUAUGAUGAUAUCCGUAUUAGAAUAAGAGAUAAACAAACUAAUUCCCAACCAUUUACUCAAUUAAUUGGAGGUGAACCUAAAGAAGUUCAGUCAAAAGAUAUUGUUGUUGGAAAUAUUCUUAAAUUAAAGAAAGAUGAAAGAGUACCAGCAGAUUGUUUAAUUUUAAGAUCAACAGAAGAAAGUGGAUCAAUUUUCAUUAGAACUGAUCAACUAGACGGUGAAACUGAUUGGAAGUUACGACGUGCUAUUGGAGAAACACAAAAAAUGGAUAUUCAAACAAUUUGUAAUUGUCAAUUUGAACUUAAUGUGGAAGCACCUCAUGCUGAUGUUUAUUCUUUUCAAGGAACAAUUAAAAUUAAUGAAGAUCCUAAAUUAUAUUCAUUAAAUGUUGAAAAUACUGCAUGGGCUAAUACUAUUGUUGCAAGUGAUGAGAUGUGUGCAUUAGUUAUUUAUACAGGAAAUGAUACUAGAUUAGCAAGAAAUAGAAAACAAAAUGGAAAUGUUAAACGAGGAAAAACAGAAGAUGAAGUUAAUUUUCUUAGUAAGAUCUUGUUUUGUAGUUUAAUGGGAUUGUCAAUAUUAAUGAUCAUACCAGAUUUAAUACAACACCCUAAUUGGUUUAUCUUAGUAUCAUUAACAAGAUUUAUGAUUUUAUUUUCAUCUAUUAUUCCUAUCUCAAUGAGAGUUAACUUAGAUAUAGCUAAAAUGGUAUACGCAUUUUUUAUUAAUAAAGAUAAGGAUAUUGCUGGUGCUGAAGUUAGAAAUUCUACAUUACCAGAAGAACUAGGUAGAGUUGAUUUUGUAUUAUCUGAUAAAACAGGAACAUUAACUAAAAAUGAAAUGACUUUCCAAGUAUUAUGUAUGCAAAGUGAAACUAUUCGUUCAACAAACUUUGAUGAUAUUAAAGAUGAUAUUAGAGAAUGUCUUCAAAAUAAUGGUGAAAAAGUUUUAUUUAAAAAGAAGAAAAAUCCAAAGUUUAUUAUGAGAUGUGUUCAAGCAAUGGCUCUUUGUCAUAAUGUUACUCCAUCAUUUAAUGAAAAUGGUGAAAAAUAUUAUCAGGCAAGUAGUCCAGAUGAAGUUGCACUUGUAAAAUUUGCAGAAAGUGUAGGAGUUGUUUUAGAAGAACGAACCUUUAAGAAAAUUGUAUUAAACAUGCCUAUGAUUGGAAGUAUUGAAUAUGAGAUAUUAAAUGUUUUUCCAUUUAGUUCAAGUACAAAAAGAAUGGGAAUUAUUGUACGUAAUAAUAAAGAUAAUGAAAUUUAUUUAUUAAUGAAAGGUGCUGAUAAUGUUAUGGCAAAAAUUAUUAAAGACAAUGAAUGGUUAAGUGAGGAGUGUAAUAAUUUGGCACGUGAAGGAUUGAGAACAUUAGUAUUUGGUUCAAGGAAAAUGAGUCAAGAAGAAUAUCAAGAAUUUAAUGAACGAUAUGAUCAUGCUAAUACACUGAUGAUUGGAAGAGAAGAGGAAGUGUUAAAGGUACAAGAAAGUAUUGAACAUGGAUUAAAUGCAAUGUGUAUUACUGGUGUAGAAGAUGAAUUACAAGAAGACGUUCAAAAAACACUUGAAAUGUUGAAACAAGCAAAUGUUAGAGUAUGGAUGCUUACUGGUGAUAAAGUUGAGACUGCCACUUGUAUUGCUAAAUCUACUAAAUUAGUUGAUAUUGACCAAGAAAUUGUACAAUUUUUUGCUAGUAGUAUUGAUGAAGCAACACGUUUAAUUUUUAAUAAUGAAGGAUCAAUUGGAACAAAGGCAUUAAUUGUUGAUGGAAAUACUUUGUCUUUAAUGUUAAAAGAAAUGAGUAAAGAAUUCAUCCAAUUUGCAUUAAAAGCACAAGCUGUUGUUUGUUGUAGAUGUUUACCAUCACAAAAAGCAGAUAUUGUUAGAUUAGUAAAAUCAUCAGGACUCACAACAUGUGCUAUUGGAGAUGGAGGAAAUGAUGUAAGUAUGAUUCAAGAAGCUGAUGUUGGAUUAGGAAUUGAAGGUAAAGAAGGUAAACAAGCAUCAAUGGCAGCAGAUUUUAGUAUUAAACAAUUUAGUCAUAUGUUAAAAUUAUUAUUGUGGCAUGGAAGAAAUUCAUAUAUUAGAACAAGUGAUUUAGCAUUAUUUAUUAUGCAUAGAGGAAUGAUUAUUUCUAUUAUGCAAGCAGUAUUUUCAAUGGUAUUUUAUUUUACACCAAUUACUUUAUUUACUGGUAUUUUACUUGUUGGGUAUUCUACUUUUUAUACUAUGGCUCCGGUAUUUUCAUUAGUAUUAGAUGAACGAAUUUCAUUAAAAGAUAUUAUGCAAUUCCCAGUAUUAUAUCUUGAAAUGCAAAAGGGUCAAAAUUUAUCAUUUAAAACAUUUUCAGCAUGGAUGUUUAUUAGUAUAUUACAAGGAUCAGUUAUUAUGAUGUUAACAAUGGUAUUAUUUGACUCAAACUUUGUUCAUAUAGUAUCUAUCUCAUUUACAGUAUUAAUUUUGAUAGAAUUAUUAAAUAUUGGAUUUACUAUUAGACGAUGGAAUUGGAUUAUUUUUGCUUCAGAAGCAUCAUCUGUAUUAAUGUAUCUUAUUUCUAUUAUUGUUUUAAGACCAACUUUUGAACCAUCAUUUGUAUUCAGCCUUGGAUUUUGGUGGAGAGUUGCAAUAAUUACCUUAAUAAAUUCGUUCCCUUUCAUUUUGAAAUUUAUUUAUGAAUUAUUAAAUCCACCAAAACAUAUGACAGUAGGACAUAAAAAGUUCCCUAUUUCAUUUGAUUUGACAUGUUGUUGUAACUGUCAUAAUAUCCGAAAAAAAAACGAUUACCAAGAUAUCAAUUUUUCUGAAAUUUAUGAUAAAACAGAAACCAAUGAUGAUAGUAGUAAAGCAUUAAUUGAUCAUUUAAAUUGA